UACAGUGCGCAGCGGAAGCGAUGGUAGCUUAGCAUAGCAUCCACAGCGAGUUCGCCAGUAACACAAGGACCUAAAAAUGAUCUGAAAGUGUGGAUCUGUCAGUAUUAUAGUGUGCCUUGGUCGACCAGCGUUGAAUUGAAAGUUUUUAUUUUGAAAAAGAAAGAAAGACAUGCUUAAUGGUGGUAUAACGGCGCGUUUAUGUUAGCCUGCUAACGCUAACGAAAUUGCAGUCUGGCUAACAGGAAUAUAGGACCGGCAAGUCAGCAGACCGACACAUCGCAGCAAAGAUUUGUGUAAAUUUGAAGCAAUGGACGGUGACUCAGAAGCAGCCUCUGAGCGAAUUCUGCUGGAGCCAUACAAGUACUUGUUGCAGCUGCCAGGAAAGCAGGUGAGGACAAAACUGGCUCAAGCAUUUAACCACUGGCUCAAUGUUCCAGAGGACAAACUGCAGGUGAUCAUCGAGGUGACUGAAAUGCUACACAACGCCAGUUUGCUCAUAGAUGACAUUGAGGACAACUCCAAGCUGCGGCGAGGCUUCCCUGUGGCCCACAGCAUCUAUGGCAUUCCCUCCGUUAUCAACUCAGCCAACUACGUGUACUUCUUGGGGUUGGAGAAGGUGCUGACCCUGGAGCACCCUGAGGCUGUCCAAGUGUUUACCCGGCAGCUUCUGGAGCUGCACCGCGGCCAGGGCCUGGACAUUCACUGGAGGGACACCUACACCUGUCCCACCGAGCAGGAGUACCGCAACAUGGUGCUGCAGAAAACCGGAGGGCUCUUUGGCCUGGCUGUGGGCCUGAUGCAGCUCUUCUCAGAUUGGAAACAGGACCUGAAACCCCUUCUGGACACGCUGGGUCUCUUCUUUCAGAUCCGGGACGACUACGCCAACCUGAGCUCCCGCGAGUACAGCGAGAACAAAAGCUUCUGUGAGGACCUGACUGAGGGGAAGUUUUCUUUCCCCACCAUUCAUGCCAUAUGGUCGCGUCCCGAGAGCACCCAGGUGCAGAACAUUCUGAGGCAGCGCACGGAGAACAUGGACAUCAAACGAUACUGCGUGGACUACCUGGAGAAGGUAGGCUCAUUUGCCUACACCCGUCAGACUCUGCGGGACCUGGAGGCAGAGGCCUACCGUCUCAUCGGGGACUUUGGGGGAAACCCUCAGCUGGAGAGCCUGGUCAAACACCUCAGCCAAAUGCAUCACGAGGCUGAAGCCACAGCAGAGUCCAGCGCUGAGCCACACUCCAGCCAAAACCACUGACCUCAUCCACCUUUGACCGCUGCAUUACUCACAUCCUAACCCCCGCACACUCCACUAACACACUCGCUUCUCUAAUAACACCGACGUAGACAUACACAUUCCUGAAAAACACAACACACGCACGCAUACACUGCCAUGUUACACUCACAAACCAUUUUUAUGAGUCACAGUUAAUCAUUAAACUUGAACACUUGAAUUCACCUCUGACUGCAUCCAGCAGCUGUGAUGCAGCAAAGCAGCCCCAAAUGUUGCCUUUAUCUUUCGUGUGCAUCCUUCAAGUGUUGCUUAACAAAGUACACAUCACUGAUGUUUGUAUCGGAGUGUAUCUGUGCAGUCAGUGGAAGAAAUGAAUGAAAACAGAAAAGGACUUCUUAUGGCUUUGGGUUUGCUUUUCUGAAAAUGGAAAAAUAACAAGAUGGCAAAAAUAGCUUAAAAGCCUUCCUUUUGAUGUGAUACAGUGCAUAUAAAUGUAUUUUUUCUUUUCCUUUUUUUUUUUUUUUUUUUUUUUUUUUUAUCUUUUGCCACCAAAUUGGAAAUUGUUUAUCUCGGGCCGAGCGAAUGCUGGAUGUUAUUUCUGAAGUCCCUGUUUAAAAUAAGAUGUGAAUGUCUCGAGCGCAUGAUGUGUGAUUUGGGGAUCCUUAGUCAUUAAGCCGCCGGAGUGCCAAUCCUGUAGAGGAGACCUCUGCUACUCACUUGUCUACUUGUUAUGUAAUAUGCUCACGCUGUUUAUGCUCAGCUGUGUACGAAUACUGUGUUGACACUUUUGUUUACUGCAGACUGUUUUCCAUCUGGUUCAGAUUCAGCCCCGCUCUUCACAACUCUAAUAUUGUAUUUGGCUGAUUCAGUUACGACAUUUGAAGGUAGACACUGAGCUGCGGUUAUUAACUAAUUUGCAUUCAUUGAAUAAAAAACAUUUAAGAAUAACCUGCGGGCCUCGUCUGGCUUUGAAAACAAAAUUCCACAUGAGUCUGUGGCAUCGCGGCUGGUUCGGUCACCACUGUUGUGACAUGAUCAUGUUUAACGUGAUGGGGAAUAGAGGGACUCUACUCUGGGGACGAGCAGCACCAUCUACUGAGCACAUGGGUGUAACUGAAAAUCAAGAUGUGACUGAAAAACAAGUUGUUUGCAUGUGCGUCUUUCUGCCUUUAACUGUAGCUGUGGACUUCUUCCUGCACUGGACCUGAUGUCCUAUCGAGGAUCAUGCUCCAAAACAUUUACCCCGCACACCUAACACACAUGGCCCCACCCUUACAAAACACUAAGCCAUCGUUAUUCAUGGUAUAUUUAAUCAUAAGCUUUCUCCUGCUGCACCAGAUCCAUGUGUGAUACUUUUCGCAGCUGCAUGCUGAACAGCACAGGCGGCGAGGCGAGGCGAGGCGGCUGAUGCAAGUUAUUACAGAAUUGCCUGCCAUGUGUUUUGUUUUGAGGAACCUUGACUGAAUACUCACAGAGUGCUUACUGUGGACGUGGUUGGUAUUUAGCUGAGAGUUUGCUCUGAUUUCACCAGUCGUCUAAAUCCUGUAUUAUCUGCCGUUUCUGCCAAUCCUGUGGUGAGUUUUUCCCUCAGCUGCUGAAAAGAAGCGCAGCCCUGUGGACAGAGGCUAUCUGUCCCAGACAGCUCUGUUGACUCACCGAAGCUCUUGCACUUGGCAGCUGCAAUUCUAUUAAUUGUGAGUGUUUUGGCUUCUCUGAGAAAUACAUCUAUUCAUCAAAAUGUCAAAAUCUUCAAAAAAAAAAAGGGUCCCUUUACUAAUUUUCCUUCCAAGCAUCCACAAAUGCAGGAAAAAUGUGAUGCAAAUGUGUUUCUGAUUUGAUAAACAGCAGAGACGUAUGAAGUGGCUUUUGCAGAGCUGACUUAAGUCCAUCACAAUAAUCAAAGCCUCUCACGGUUCUCAUUUCUUCUCUCCCACUCUCUAGGUUGACUAGAUUGAUUUUCUCCACCCACAGUGUCUGAGUUCUGUUUGAGAGCAAAACAGAAUAGCUUUUGUGUGAAGAACGACAUGGCUCACUCACUGUCUCCCUCAUCCUCUGCAAGCUCUGGAUUAUUUAUCACCGGGCUGCGCUUUACACAUUUGUGUUUCCUGGUAGCACUCCAAUGGGUGUUUCAUAAAUCAUCUUGUGGCGACAACAA